AUGCUGAUGUGGGAGGAGCGGCUGCAUCUGCGCGAGGGCAAGCCGCCGCCGCCGCAGGCCAUGGCGGCCGCAGACCCCAAGCAGAUCGCGGAGGUCCGAGAUGUCCACCGCCUGGAGCGGAUCGGGGCCCACUCGCACAUCCGGGGCCUCGGCCUGGACGACGCCCUGGACGCACGCAUGGUCUCCCAGGGCAUGGUGGCCCCGGCGCCCCCGGCUCGGCUGGCCUGGAUGAAAUGCGGGCCGCCCUCGCUGUGGGCGACGCUGGUGACCGCCUGGGGCGCGACUCUGGGCGCUUGCUGGUCUUGGGGCUGGACUCAGGCCCCCGCGGCUCUGUUCCUGGUGCCGCCCUCCUUCUCCGGCUGCGGCGCGGGGGAGGCCUGCCACUGUUCCCGCCACCAGGAGCUGCGGCGCAUCAUCGACCUCCAGGCGGAGGUCUGGGCGCUGCGGUGCCUGCUGCUCGCCGGGCUGCUGGUGCUCGGCCUCGCGACGCCGACGGCGGGCGCCCUGGGUUUCUCGCGGGGGUUUGCAGGCGCUGCCGGUGCGGCUCGCGCGAGCGCGCGGCUGGAGAUCCUCGUGCGGUAUGAGAACGACACGCACGGCUUCGACUGGCACCAUCGCGUAAUGCUUUUCAGCGUGAGCGAGGAUAUCUGGAUCUGCCUCACCCCAGAUCACGAUCUGGUUCGGGUCAAGCUGCUGGACACGCGCCACGAGGUGCUCGAGCGUCGAGCGCCCUUCCCAGCCCAUCUGGCGAACCAGGUCUACGCCCACGACCCGAUCGGAGGCGCGGCCCUGUCAGCUUUCCGGCGUCGAGCGAAGCUGCAGGGCCAGCUCUUGGGCGUCGGCCAGGUGGAGGCCAUCGAGCGGAUGAUCUGGGUUGUGGCCGAGGCCCUGUCCAACCGCUUCGGGGAGGUCAUGGAUUCGGCGAUCAUGGACGACGACAACCGCGGCAUGGGCUUCGACCAGAAGGGCGUGGCGGUGCUGGAUGGCGAGGAGUUCUUCGUGCAGAAGAUCGCGGCCAGCAGCCUGUCUGACUACGAGCGCGAGGCGCGCGCGGACAUCGGCGACCUGCGGACCCUGGGAGACCACCAGGAUGAGGCGGGCCAGAAGUGUCUUCGGCUUUCGGAGGCAGUCGCGAUGAUGCGCGACGUGGAGCAGCCCAACUUCCCCUUCGCAGGCGUCAGGAGCGUGAAGAAGUUCCUGGACAGCGUGGCCUCGGGACUGGGGAACAUGAGUUCCUACCAGGCCGAGUGGGAGCGCCCCGGCGGCGAUGGCGAGGGCUCGGCGGUGAACCACGUGCACUGGAACCUGUGUGAGGUACUUCGCCUCAUGCACUCGUGGGAUCAGGUCGACUUGUCGACGUUGGCCUCCGCCGAGCUCCUGGUGCGCUGGAUGAUGCAGACGGAGUUCGCUGUCGAGCGCAACCCGCGCCACCCCGACUACAGCGGCCUGGGCAUCGUGGUCUCAGCUCCCGUCGACGCAGUUGGACGGGCGUCAACGUCGAGGUUCAAUACCCGGGUCAUUGACCGCCUCAAGAAGGCGACGAUCUGGAAGCAGGAGCGCACGCACAGGGAGGAGCAGAAGCAGACGCGCAAGGGCGACGGCAAGGGGCAGGGCGACGGGUUCGAGUCCAACCCGAAGCGGCGCCCCAAGAAGGCGAAGGGAGGAGCGGCCGGCGCUGGCGGCGGCGCCGGCGAGGAGGGAUGGCGCCUCUCGGGGCUGCAGGGGCACCGGCGCUGGCAGCCCGGACGCCGAGCGAGCCCCUGCGCAGCCGACUCCCACGUGGGCGCGCCGCCUCCGGCGUCGGAGGCAUCGGGUCACGCGGUCGACGGCACGCGCUGGAUGCUCCAGAACGUGGCGCGGCGGGCUGAGGCAUAUGGGGCGUGCCCGACUGACCUCGCAGAGGAGUCGCCCUUCGCGGAGAUCUUCGACUCUAGAGACCACUACGGCAUGGGGCCCAAGAAUUUGGCCACUUUCGACUUCGACAAGGUCAAGAUCCUGCACCGGCGAGAUCACGUUCGGCCCGUUCGACGCGAACUCCCCCCCGCAGCGCUCGGCAACCUCAGGCGCGCGGGGGGCCCGAUCGAGAAGCGUUUGAGCCAGCGGGGCCUGCUGACCUGGCGCCGGCUGCAGGAGGGGCGCGCGGGCAUCUUCGCGGUCAAGAAGAAGGAUGGGACUGAGCUCGGGGCGCCCAGCCAGCCCGACGGGGCUAGAGGGCGACGUCGGGGGCUGCUUCUACAACUUCACUUCACGAUCCCCGGGUUGGCCUCCUGGUUCGGCUUCGAGGCCCGCUUCGACACGGAGGAGUUGGAGAGCAUGGGCUGCCGGCCUGCGACCAUCUGGGGCGACGCCGAGGGGGCGGAGACCACGGUCGCGGAUGGCGAGACGUUGCACCCCUGCACGGCGGCGGCGUGCACGGGCAAGUGCGUGGCUGGCGUGCGCGGUGACACCGUGCAGGUGAUCGGGGGCUGUCAGGCUAACGCUACCAGGCAGAUGGGCAAGAUUGAGAACAGCUUUGAUGAUGAUGAUAUUCCUUUUGACAUCGAGUCGAACGACGGAGUUGGGAUGCAGUCGCUUGGCUUGGUGUACCACUGGCGAGAGCGACGACUACGACAUGUCGCUCGGCGAGUCUGGCGGACCGACCUGGCGGGGCACGCUCUACUGCGUCGACGCAAGCUGCGCGGACAUUCUCUUCAGUGUUGGCUCGGGCACGUCGCGAACCUGAAUCAGCUCUGUCCCGAGGCCAUGUCCACCUUGAGCGCCUGCUACCGCUUCAUCGACGAGGCGCUGGAGAAGCCGAAGCGGACGUGGCCCUCCGCGAAGUCAGAGAUCCGCAAGGCGUGGAGGUGGCGAGAGCGCCGGCGGUGCCCGGGCGUGCCGCUGAUCGAGGGCCAGGCGCGCGAGGGGCUCGACUGCGUGCGGGGCGACGCGCCGGGCUCGGCCGCCGGGCCGCUGACCGCCCUCGGCCAGGCCCUUCGGGGCCAGGCGGAGGCGCGCUCCAGGCCGCGCCGCCGGGCCGCGGCGGACAAGGCGACCCGGGCCCAGGUGGCCCUAGACUCGGGGAUCCCCGCGCUGGCUGACGGCUGGACUCAUCGGCGUCGCUGCCAUUUGGUGGCGGCCGAACGCUGGCGCUGGCAGAACGAGCACGUCAACCUGAAGGAGGCGCGCGUGGCCCUGAUGGGGCUGCGGAGGCACUGCCGAUCCGUCAAGCUGCUGGGCUCGAAACUGCUGACGCUGAGCGACAGCCAAGUCACCGUGGGGGCCUUCGAGAAGGGCCGCUCUAGCGCUGGUCUACAGGCGCUGUGCAGACGGGCAGCGGCCCACCGACUUGGCGGGCAGAUCUCGCGGCGCCUCCGCUACAUCGAGACGGAUCGGAACCCGAGUGACCUCGACUCGCGUCGGUGGGGCGACAAGCGACCUAAGGUCGCGCCUGCCUCAGCUCCAGCGGCGGCAGUUGCACGCCGCGCUGGCCGCGCGGCUGCCGAGGGGCCCGCCCGCGCACUCACGGACUCCUUUCUCGAGGCCGCCUACAGCAUGUGCAUCUCGGGGCGCCUUAUCAGCUGGGCGGGCCUCCUGAAGGCCGCGCUCCCUCGGGCGGGCAGCCCGAGCGCGCCGGGGUUUGACCCGCGCGAGUUCCGCCAUGGGCUCCUCCGAGCGGCCGGCCGCGAGCCGCAGGCUGGAGGGCGGGCGCUGCGCAACCGCAUCAGCAAGCGCCGCCCCUGCUUGACUGUCAGGCGGCUGACGCCUUCCUCGACGGGAACCCCCUCGUCCAGUUCGGCCAGGGCGACCGUCCGCGACGAUGGCGGGCCCACCAGGACUGGCAGACAGCGGCCGCCGGGGAGGGACCGCCCGCGCCAGCCGUCAGCUCCGCGCCGAGUGGGGCCCAUCCGAGCCCCGCGGCGCGACUCGCUGGUCAUGGCGACGGUCUCGAACGGGAACCUCAAGAGGUACGCGGCGGCCGUGCACGAGUUCGAGGUCUACGCCGAGUCGAAGAAGCUCGACUUGCAGCCGCUCAGUCGCCUGGACAACGCCUUGGCCCAGUACUUCGUGGACAUGUUCGACGACGGCUUCGGGGCCUGGGAAAGCCGCAACACAUUUUGCGGCCGCAGACUUCUGCGGCUCAAGACGACGGGCAAGGUGGACGUGCCGAAGGCGGUGGCCUCGCUACAGGGCUGGAUGAGACGCUCGCCAGGCCGCGUGCGCCUGCCCUUGCCCGACAUCGUCGUCGACGACAUAGCGGUGGACCUGAUCGAGCACGGCCGGCCGAUGAUGGCCGCCGCGGUGUCGCUGCAGACGGACGCGUACACCCGACCUUCAGAGGUGGUCGAGUUCCGCCAGGGUCAGAUCCUGCCGCCCGCGCCAGCCGCGAAGCUCGGCGCGCACUUUGGCAUCGUCAUCGCGCCCUCGGAGUGGCGCGAGGCCGCCGACCCCCAAAAGCUCUUCGCCUUCAUUUUGCCAGAGUACGAGCGGGAGAUCAAAAAGGCCGCCGACCGCCUGGGCUACUCGCCCCUAGUGGCCCGCUACGAGAAGGGCGCGCUCAUUCUCCAGCAGCUGCGCGAAGUGACGCUGGAGGAGCAGAAACGCGCGGCCCGCAGGAGCAAGCAGUUGCCUGAGUUCCUGCUCGACACGCCGUUCACGUGCCUCGCGGGGUCGGAGAUCUUCUCUUUGGAGAUGAGCAAGACGGAGGCCUUGACGCAGGCGUUCAGGCGGUCGAUAGGAAUUCGGAUCCGGGAGGAGGCGGAGCUCAUUGAGGGUGAGGUGGUGGAGAUCGAGAUCGAGCGCCCGGCAAACGGGCAGGCCGCGACAUUUGGCAAGAUGACUUUGAAGACGACCGAAAUGGAGACCAUGUACGAUUUGGGUCAGAAGAUGAUCGAGACAAUACAGAAAGAGGGUAUUCAGGCUGGAGACAUCAUCACGAUUGACAAGUCCUCUGGAAAAAUAUCACUACUCGGCCGAUCCUUCUCUCGCUCUCGUGACUACGACGCGAUGGGGCCUCAAACGCGAUUCGUGCAGUGUCCCGAGGGAGAGCUUCAGAAGCGGAAGGAGGUCGUGCACACGGUGAAUCUGCACGAGAUUGAUGUCAUCAAUAGUCGGCAGCAGGGCUUCCUCGCUCUGUUUGCUGGGGACACCGGUGAGAUCAAAGGCGAGGUCCGAGAGCAGAUCGAUGCGAAGGUUGCAGAGUGGCGCGAAGAAGGCAAGGCAGACAUCGUGCCAGGAGUUCUCUUCAUCGACGAGGUGCACAUGCUCGACAUUGAGUGCUUCUCAUUUCUGAAUAGGGCCCUCGAGGCGGAGACGUCUCCCAUUGUCAUCAUGGCCACCAACCGAGGCAUCACCAACAUCCGUGGUACUGACUACAAAAGUCCUCAUGGCAUUCCACUUGAUCUGCUUGACCGUAUGCUCAUAAUUUCUACACAACCGUAUUCGCAGCGCGAAAUCCGCAAGAUUCUUGAUAUCCGCGCGGAGGAGGAAGACGUGGAGAUGACGGAUGAGGCCAAGGAGUUGCUCACGAAGAUUGGGGUGGAGAGCACAUUGCGGUACGCGAUCCACCUGAUCACCGUCGCAAAUUUGGUGGCCAUGAAGAGGAAGGCGCAGGAGGUGGACGUGCAGGACAUCCGUAAGGUCUACACCCUGUUCGUUGACGUAAAGCGGAGUGCCCAAUUUUUGUUGGAGUACCAGCAGGAGUUCAUGUUUUCCGAGGUGCAAGCGGACGAGGAGGAAGCGAAGGACGGCGAUGCCCCCAUGCCGCAGGCUAAGUAG